CCCAGCCACCCCCAUCCCAGCGCCCCGCUCCCCAAGCUCAGCCCAUAGGAGGGAGCCACCUGUCCACUGGGUUUGUGGGGCCCCCACCGCACUGUCCCAUCCCCCCAUAGCCCUGUUCCCCCCAUAGCUCCAUCCCAUCCCCCCCACAGCCCCAUUCUGCCCCAGUGCCCCAGUGCCACCCAUCCCACCCGCCAUAAUGCCCCAGCCCCAGCCCCCCAGCUGCUGGGUUGGAACCCUCUUAUUGUGGGGUUAUGACAUCAGCGCUAGAACGACCAAUCAGAAUCCUCCACCCCUCCCCAUUCUCAUUCCCUCACACCCCAUCCAGCACUGGCCUAGACGGGAGAACCCCCCUUCUCUGGCCCCCCUGAGCCCCGCCGGGAUGAGCAACGUUCUGCUCCGGGCCGUGUCCCUGCUGCUCUGCUGCGCCCUGGCUCAUGGCCUCAUCUGCCGGGUCUGCGAGUUCCAGGUGGGCAGACUCUGCUUCCACUCCCGCAGCCCCUGCACGGCGCAGGGCCAGCAAGUCUGCGAGACCACCAAGGCCUACAUUGGCAAGGUCCCGCUGUUCUCCAAGUACGGCUGCAGCCGGACCCACGAGACCUGCAACAUGACGGAGCAGAAGGACGCCGUCUUCGAGGUCAGCUACAAUCGGACCUGCUGCGAGAGCGACUUGUGCAACGCUGCUGGCCCCCCCCGGGCCGCCGGGCUCCCCCUGCUCUCUGGGCUGGGAGCCCUGCUGGGGUGGUGGCUGCUGAAAUAGCCCCCGGCCCGGCCCUAACCUCCACCCCCUCUCUGCUACACGCGUUUCCCUCCCGGGGCCGCCUCGCAACACGCGUCAGUAGCAGGCUCCACUCCACACCCUCAGUCGCCUUUUCUCUGGUCUUCUUCCACCAGGCCUGUCGCCUUCUCCCUGGUCUUCUCUCUCCCACAAGUAGCUGCCUCCUCUCCUUUCCCAUGGCCUCUGUAGGCCCCCCACAGCCUAGGAAGGGGGCCAGGGAAACCCAGCUACUACAGGCAGGAUUGGGGGGAGGAUACCGCAGCACCCCCUGAAUCUGCCACCUGCCUUCUGAAGGGUUUUGAGACACACACACCCAGAAUCUAAUCUCAUCUUCUGGCCUGUGUCUCGAAGGGGUGAAGUGAUGACCGACCCUGAGCUAAAGCAAGAGACGUUUGCUAUUUUAGACACAACACUGGAGGAGGGGAGGGGUCUUCUCCCUGGAAGCCUCUGCAAACCCAACUCAGGACAGGUCUGAAUACCCCAUCGUCCCACGGGCAGGAGACCAUCCUCAGCUUUUCCACAGAGGCUGGCGGGACAAAACCCUGAGGUCCUAUGGUUGAGCUGGAGGCAGCUGUACCCCCAAAUCUCCCUUGCUCACCCCCAGUUCUCCUGAAGGCAAGUCCCCAAGCUCCAAAGCUCCUUACCCCCACCCCCACCCCCAGUGGAGAACAAAAGUCCCAGAUCUUUGUCCCAGACAUCAGACAGUGGGUUGGUUUGGGGUCUUCUGUGGUAUCUCAAGACCUGGGGGAAGCUGAUGGAUAAUUGAGUCCUUUAGGCCUGAGCAGAGGAUGAAACUGGAUCCUAGGAGCCCCACACCACUUGUUCCUGUUGGGAACAGCUGCUCGAAAUCUCCAGCGGAGACCAGGUGGCCUUCGCAUCAUCACUUGUGAGCGCUCCCGGGGCAUGCCGGGGAGAUGGCAAAGCUGGGGAAGGCUAAAGGUUGGCUACAGAGGCAUUAACCCACCGGCUCCUUUCUGGUGUGUCCGUUAUACCCAUCCGCGCGUCUCCGUGACCGAACCAGCUCGCUAGGGUGUCUGUUCAGAAAGCGUCGCUUCCCUCGAGAGGUCUGGGUGUUUUUUAAUACUUU